CGGUGCCGAGUCGUUUCACAAUGACUUGUUUAACGGCAACAAACACCUAACCAAAACAAAACUCGAAAAAGAGAUUUAACUAAAUCGGAUCGAAGCUCGACGAACUAUCUCUUUUCUCUCUCUCUGGGUAUUCGUGGGUUUUACCCAGAUUUAGGAAUUCGAUGGCGGACGAACUGGAAUUGUCGCCGAUGUUGGAACCUUCCGAGAUCGAUCUCGAAGCGGGUCAUGGUGAACAGAUUCAGUGCCGAAUCUGCCUUGAGACUGAUGGUAGGGAUUUCAUUGCCCCAUGCAAAUGCAAAGGAACAUCAAAGUAUGUACAUCGUGAUUGCUUGGAUCAUUGGAGAGCUAUAAAGGAAGGUUUUGCGUUUGCACACUGCACAACUUGCAAGGCUCCAUAUUAUCUUAGAGUUCAUGGUGCUGGAGAUAGGAAAUGGAGGACACUGAAGUUUCGCUUCUUUGUUACACGAGACAUUUUAUCCAUAUUUCUUGCUGUUCAGCUUGUAAUUGCUGCAUUAGCCUACAUGGUUUAUUUCAUAGAUAGCUACCAGCAAUCAUGGCUUCGUCAUAUUUGGGGUUUUGACAGUGAGAUCACGUUUUAUUACAUGUGUGGAGCUUUACUAUUCUUCGCUCUUCUGGGUCUAUCUGGAUGCUUCAUAACUUGCUACGAUCGAAGAGUUCGCAAUGACUUAGCUCAGCCUUGUCGUGAACUUUGUCUCUGUUGCUGUCAACCUGGGAUAUGCACAGACUGCCAUCUACCGGGAACUAUAUGUAUGUGGGCAGAUUGCACGGCAUGUACUGAAGGCUGUGCAAGUGCAGUUAGUGAAUGUGGUGGUUGCCUUGGAGGUGCAGGGGAAGCCGGAUUGCCAUUGCUCUUCAUAAUGGCAUUAGUAGUUCUCGGUUUAUUUACGGUUAUAGGUAUUUUCUACAGCGUAUUGGUUGCAACCAUGGUUGGACAACGCAUUUGGCAGCGCCAUUACCACAUUCUCGCUAAAAGAAUGCUAACAAAGGAGUACGUGGUUGAAGAUGUAGAUGGGGAAAUGAUGGGAUCUGAGUGGUCGCCACCGGCUUUACCGUCUGAGCAUGUCCAGCAGCUCAAGACGCUUGGCCUUCUAUGAUUGGAACUAUGGAAGAUUUUUCAGCUGCUCACAGGGAAAUUCAUCUGACCAAGUGGUAAGAGAGAGAGAGAGAACUCAAGAGUUUAAAGAUUAUGAAUGUUAAAAAUCUUAGAGAUGCUUCGUAUUUGUAAAGAAAGACUCGAACUUUUGAGUCAGAGACCUCUCCCAUUGACGAAUUGAGAGCUUUUGUGUUGUCUGUUCUUAACGUUUUUUAUAUUGGUAAAUAUCCACAAGUGUUGGUUCAAAAA